UGGGAAAAAGGAAGGGGCGGGCAGGGGGAGCAAGAGCAGGCCACUGAGGAAGGACCUGGGAGACGGAGAUGGAGCUUGGGUCAGUGAGAGCAAGGGAGAUGGAGAACCAGGCAGAGCAGGGCCUGAGGGAGGGUUCUGGGGUCCCAGGGCCCUCCUUGGAGUCCUGGCUCCUGCUUCUCCCGGCCCUUCUCUGAGACUUAGUCUCCGCACCUGUGAAAUGGGGGUGCUAAUAGCGCCUCCUUCUCUGGAGCUCCUGGGGUGCCAGUGAGCCCACUGGUGCAGCGUGAGUGCUCCAGAAACCACAGCUGUCAUUGUGAAUGAUGAGAGGCCAGAGGUGGGGGGUGGGGGGAACCGAGGGUGGCUUCGAAGUUCCAGAAGUUCUGUAGCCCCCUGGCUGCUCUCAGGGCUGGUCCUGAUUGUUUGCAGCCUGGCAUGGGCUGUAGACAGGGGAGGUUCCCUCUGUCCCCACACCCCAGAAGCCAGGCCCCCCAUCAGCUGCACCUUCCCCAGGGAGGCAGGCCUGGCUGGACUCCUGGGUCUGAGGGAAGAGGGCUAGGGGCCUGGACUCCUGGGUCCUUUGGGGAGGAGGGGACUGUGAGCUUGGACUCCUGGGUCUGAGGGAUAAGAAGUCUGGAGGGCCUGAAAUCCAGCGACCUUUGGGGAGGAAGGGGCUGGGGGACGCCGGCGUGGACUCUGGGGUCCCUGGUGAAGAAAGGGCUGGGGGCCCAGACUACUGGGUCCCUUGGGGAGGCGGGGGCCGGGGGCCCGGAUUCCUGGGUCCUGGCACCCACCCGUAGAACCGACCUUGCGGGGCCUUCGCCGCACACAAGCUCGUGUCUGUGGGUCCGUGUCGGGCUCACCAUCGCGGCCGGGCCUUCCCCGGCCCUCCCCAGCCCUCCCGGCCCCCAUCUGUGUGUCCACCUGCCGCGCCCCCCGGGCUGAGGUAGGAGGUUGUAUAGUUGAGGAGGACACCCAAGGAGAUCACUAUACAGCCUCCUAGCUUUCCCCAGGCUGCGUCCUGCACGGGACGGGGUCCGGCCGGGACCCCCGACCCCUCACUGCCCCACCCUGCUGGGGCCCUGGGAGGAGGAGCUGGGCCUUCUCCUGCAGCCUCCCUGCCUCCCCUUGGUUCCUAUCCCGUCGAGAAUUCUCUGUGCUGCUUUCUCUGUCUCUCCUUUGCUGCAUGUCUCUUCUGGUGGCUUGUCUCUUUGGAUGAGGGGCUCUAGACCCUCCAUCUCUCUCCCUUGCAGCAUUCUGGGUCUCUAGCCCCCUGUCCUUCUCUCGGUUUCUCUUUGCUCUUUUCUGUGUGUGUAGCUCUCUCUACGUGGUCUCCCUGUCAGCCUCCAUUUCUCUCCGCCUAUCUCUGUGCCUCUGUCUCUGACACCCCCUGCUCGUCGUGGCCGCCCCGCCCUGCACUGCCGGCCUCUGGGUCCCUGAGACCCUUUAACCUGUGAGGGUCUCCAGGGUCACAGGUGAGGUUCUUGGGAGCCUGGCGUCCGGCCCAGCCACAGUCCUGGGGGUUACCGGCCUGACCCCUGACCCCUCAGCCCCUUCUUCCCUGGAGGCCCAGUGCCCGACCUCUGGCCCCACAGCCACCAGCCCCGCCCCUCCCAGCAGUGACCUCACAAAGGUCCCCAGCUUCUCCCCAGGAGACAUGGCCCUGCCGGCCCCCUCUGCCCUGGCGGCCCUGGUGCUCGUCGUGGGUCCCGCCUGGACCUGCCUGCUUUGCUUCACCACCCACGACGAUCGCCUCCAAGUCUGCCAGACCUUUGCCGGGAUCGAGGGCCCGAAGCUCCAGGAGUGCAGGAAGGCGCUUGUGAUUGCCUUUAAGGGCCUCACGGAGGCCAAUAUCUACUACGAUGAGAGAAGCCACCUGCACGACCUCUUCACCCAGACGGUCCACUCCCUCCAGGAGACGGCCGAGGCCAACAAGUCCUUUAAGGAUGCCUUCACCGAUGCCGCGGAGAAAAUGAAAGAGGAAAUAACACAGCUUAAAGAAGCCCAGCCCUGCGUCCCUCCCUGCGGUCUCCAGGAGUUCUCCCGGCUCUUCAGGUGCCGCGGGUGCUAUUCCACCGUCUGCGACCUCCCGCUGGACUGCCCAGUCAAGGACGUGACGGUGGCGCAGGGCGAUCAGGCUCUGUUCUCGUGCGCCGUGAACUUCCAGCUACCCGAGGAGGAGGUCGCCUAUUCCUGGAAGUUCGCAGAAGGAGGGCUCCGCACCCAGGACCAGUCUCACUUCCGCGAGCUGCGGGGGGCCCGAGGGAACCUGGCGCGGAUCCGGCCGGCGCAGGCCAAGCACCAAGGGACCUUCUCCUGCGAGAUCAAGCACGACCAGCGCCUCCUGGCGCGGCUCUACUUCUUCCUCAACGUGACGCGGCCGCCCCCGCGCAAAGAGGGCGCGCUCCAGGUCUCCUUCCGGGAAGUGCUGAACUGGACGGACAAGGAGGGGGACGUGGUCGAGCCCUGGAGGCCGAGCCUGGGCGAGCUGCUGGCCCAGCCCGGGGCGCUGACGCCGAGCAACCAGUUCCUGCUCGCGCUGGCUGCGGCCUUCCUGUCAGCGAGUCUGACCCUGCUUGGGUGGAUGCUUUUUCGUUGGUAUGUCAGCACCAGCUAACAAAGGUAUCUCUGGUUUCUUGUCCCCCUUUCAUCCCUAAAAUAAAGAAUGUGUUUUUGUUUUUGUUUUUUA